UAGGGGCCAAAAAACGUAAUGCCCAUUGCGCCCACUCCCCGUUUUCUGUUCUCUCUCUUUCUCCAUUUUCCUGGUCAGUCCUCUUCUCCGUGCAGAUUUUUCUCGCUUCGCUCUCUUCCAUCACAGAAGCCUGGAGCCCUAGCUCUAUAUACAACACCUGGACGAACUGUAACUCUUGUUUCAAUGGCGGAUAGGGAGAAUGUUUUGACGGCGAUAUCGGCCGAAGAGGAGGCGGAAUUUGGCUUCACUCGGACGGAGAUGCACAAGAGCAACCUCGCCGGUACUGUGGAUCCGUAUGACCGUCACAUCUUCGUUUGCUUUAAAGGCCCUGACGCAUGGCUCCCACGCGUUGAGGAGUCUGAGACUGAUCUCCUCCCCAAGCUCUUCUCUUCUGCUGUCAAAGCUCGUAAGAACGACAUCACAAUUAAGACGAAGGUAACGAUAUGCGAGGAACGCGAGGGGACUGAUUUUGAGAGGGGAGAUGUGUUAAUAUUUCCUGAUAUGAUCAAAUACAAGCGUUUGAAGGACUCAGAUGUAGAUGGUUUUGUUGAUGAUGUGCUUGUGAGUGGAAGGCCGUGGGCUUCUGGGUUGCAGGAGAAGCUUACAGGUUCAUAUGUCUUUGUGUGUGCACAUGGUAGUCGGGAUAAGAGAUGUGGUGUUUGUGGACCUGUUCUAAUUGAAAAGCUCAAAGAAGGGAUUGAAUCUCGAGAACUGAGGAAUCAAGUGUUUGUUAGUGCCUGUUCUCAUGUUGGGGGGCAUAAAUAUGCUGGGAACGUGAUUGUCUACAGUCCAGACUUGGAGGGAAAAAUUAUGGGCCACUGGUAUGGCUAUGUUACACCCGAUGAUGUGCCCGAAAUUCUGGAUCAGCACAUUGGGCAAGGAGUAGUGAUAGAGCGCAUUUGGAGGGGCCAAAUGGGGGCACCUACUGAAGAAGGGGAAAAGGUGGCCAAACAAAAGCUUCCAAAUGGGCAAGAUGUGAAGGAAAGAAAAAAACAUGAAGAAAGCAAGAAUGAGGUCCAAAAAGAGAAUAUCGGUGGCUGUUGCCAGGGUGCUAAUGGCUUUUCAUGCUGCAGAGAUGGAAGUUUGGAAGUGAGUGAAGAAAGCAAACUGGAGGAAAACAUCAAAGUUCAUGGAAAGAAAGGAUUAGGUAAACUGUCAAGCUGGAUAGCAUCAUUGGAGCAAAGUGAUGUUCUUACAACUGUUGGUGUGAUUGGAGCAGUUGCAACUGUUGCUGUGGCCUAUAGCUUGUAUAAAAGGUCGUGCUGAAAUAUGCCUUAUAGAUGCAUUAGUAUUUUUAUGUGGGUUUACAUAACUUUGCUUUUUUUUAGAGCAGAUAAUACUACUGAAAAUAAUCCUCCAAAACCACUACUUGGGAGAAUGAUACUUGUAUGUUUUUGUUAAGGGUGGAAACUUAUCGCCAAAAUUUUAGCAGGCUGAGUGAAAUUGGGAGCAGAAGUCUUCUCAUUUCUUGACGUCCAAACAGAUUGUUUACUGUUCUACUAGAAUGAAAUAUACAACCUCUGGUAAAUGGUUUAUGGUUA